AUGGACCAGGACGAUGAUGUGCCAGCGGCUCAGGCUGGAGCCAGCCGUGAUAUGGACAAUGCUGAGGCGGUGGGUCAUGAUGAUCUAGGUAAUCCAGUGGCAGAAUUGCAGUCACAAAUUUUGGAGCUAGGUCGAAGACACGACCAAGUCAUGUCAACCCUUGCUAAUAUGAGUAAUGUUGCCACUAGAUCUUAUGUUUACAUUCCAAGGGAACGUCAACUUAUGCCAUUCAGUGGUGAUCAUGUUAAAGAUGGUCAGUCUGUAGAUGAGUUCAUUGAUGAGGUUGAACGUGUAAUUCGGGUAAGGGGUUUGAACGUUGAUGACCAAGUUGAUUUCAUACUUUCACAUUUAAGAGGUUCAGCCUUAGAUGAAGUUAAGCUGUGUAUGGGUGGGGAGACCAAGCAACCCAGUGAUCUGUUUUCAUAUUUGCGGGGGGCAUUUAGAGAGAAACGUACUACACCACAGUUGUUACAUGCUUUUUAUGCACGCAGACAGCUAGAGGGAGAAGACUUCCGUGACUUUUCCCAUGCUCUCUCUCAGCUUCUUAAUUCUGCUCUCCAACAGUCCCAUUACGCUGUGUCUGAUUCCCAGCUGGCUUUAAGAGAUCAGUUCAUCGAAGGCAUAAGAGAUGCGACUCUGCGUAGAGAGCUGCGCAAGCUGGUCAGAGAAAAGCCUCAGUCCACCCUGUUUGAUGUCCGUGAAGAGGCCAUGAUGUGGGUUGUGGAGGACAGACCCCGUGGUGCUAAUGUGGCCAGGAGUCGAAAUAUCGUGAGUACAUGUUCUGGGGAGAUGUCAGAACAUUUAAAUCCCGCCAGUGCUGCACAAAGUGACAUGGCUUCAGCUUUGCAAGAGGUAGUAAAAGUUAUCACGCAGCAGGGUAAAGCUAUUGGAGAGCUCACUAAUGCAGUUCGUGAACUUGCUGUACAAAAGGGUGGUCCCAGUGGUAGCCAGAGUGGAAAGCCAAAGUUCAAGCCCAAGUAUACAGAUGACGGCCAACCCAUCUGUUUAAGAUGGAAACGGGGUCCCUCCGUUGCUGUGAGCCGAGCAAUGCGGGGAAAACCAGAAGGCUCGAGAUGUAGCAAGUUAACAAAAGAACGGUUCUUAGAGCGUGCAGUUGGCAAGUGCCCUGAAGUUGAUAUUCACAUUGAUGGUGUUCCAGUUAGAUGUCUUCUGGACACGGGAAGUAAUGUGAGUACCCUAACAGAAAGCUUCUUCAGGGAAAACCUCCACGGAGAAGACAAGGACCUUCACUGCACCUCUAAGUGGCUAAGAAUAACUGCAGCGAACAAGCUACCCCUGCCGUACCUGGGGUAUGUUGAAUUGGACAUCCAAGUGAUGGGGCUUACUAUACCUGAGUGUGGGUUUCUGAUAGUCCGUGAUGGGGAUUCUUCAGAGCCAGAUUUAACUCCCCCUGGUAUCAUUGGCAUGAAUAUCACCCAUAGAUGCAGAGAGUUAGCACUGACUGAGUUUGACACCACUUUAGGAGGAAAGCUGGAGUCUGUGUGGAGGGAAGCCUUCACUCGCGUACAGGAAGUUGAACUAGGAAAAACUAUGUCAACAGCCAGAGUUGGUGGUAAGGGCAAAGUCCAUGUACCAGCAUCCUCUGUAGCCACAGUUUAUGCCAGAGUAAACAAGAAAGCCACUGACACCAAUGGUUGGCUGUUGCUGGAACCAGGAACCACCCCAUUACCAGGUGGCUUGAUCCCUAUGCCCACCUUAGUGUCAUCCAGAAGUCGAGUGUUUCCAGUUCAAGUGGUCAACUUCUCCCAAGAAGAUGUUUGGCUGCCCCCUAAAGUUCGGCUUGGGAUACUUACCCUCUGUCAGUGUAUUGAGAGUGACGCCUGUGAGGCGAGAUUCCAGCGCAUCUCUGCCGAACAUAGAGAAGUGGGAAUUGAUCAGAAAGAUAAAGCAGAGUCUGAUGCUGACCUGAGUAACCUGUUAAGUAGACUGCAUAUGGGAGGUAAUCCAGAAGAGCAAGCAAUGCUCGGUGCAUUAAUUUUGAAGUAUGCAGAUGUGUUUGCUGUCCAUGAUGAGGACCUGGGAUAUACAGACCGAGUGAAGCAUGAAAUCCACUUGACAGAUGAUACUCCUGUAGCUCAGCCAUAUCGCAGGAUACCACCGACCCAGUUUGAAGAGGUCAAAGAGCAUAUCUCAGGUUUACUCCGGAAGGGUGUCAUCCAGGAAAGCUCGAGUUCCUAUGCUUCACCCAUUGUUCUGGUGCGCAAGGCUGAUGGAAGUCUCAGGCUGUGCGUGGAUUAUAGGAAACUAAACUCCAAAACCAACCGGGAUGCUUUUCCAUUGCCGCGCAUCGAUGAGAGCUUGGAUGCACUGGGCGGAGCACAAGUUUUCUCGACAAUAGACCUUGCUAGCGGUUACCAUCAAGUUGCAGUCCAUGAAAAGGACAGACAUAAGACAGCCUUCACCACGCCGUUUGGCCUCUAUGAAUACCAUCGGAUGCCUUUCGGGCUAUGCAAUGCGCCCGCCACGUUCCAGCGGCUCAUGCAGGGCGUAAUGAGUGACUUUGUGUUCCAAAUUGUGCUUAUCUACUUGGAUGACUUGUUGGUGUACUCGUCCACCUUUCACGAACAUCUUGUGCGACUUGAAACUGUGUUUAGAAGGUUGAAGGAAACUGGGCUGAAGAUUAAAAUAGAUAAGUGUCAUUUCCUGCAGCCGGAAGUGAGAUUCCUGGGCCAUCAAGUUUCAUCCCAAGGCGUGAGUACAGACCCUGAUAAGAUAAGUGCAGUUCGGGAGUGGCCAGUCCCCGGCACUCUCAAGGAACUCAGAUCGUUCUUGGGGUUUUGUAGCUAUUACAGGAGAUUCAUCGAAAGUUUCUCCCAGAUAGCCGGGCCGUUGCAUGAUGUAGUGAAUGCGUGCCUUAGGGAGACAAGUCACGUCAAGGCAGCUCAACUGUAUAAGAGUUCCUGGACUUCUCAGUGUCAGACGGCAUUCGAACGUCUCAAAGACAAGCUUACCAGUGCACCAACGCUGGGGUAUGCUGAUUUCACUCUUCCCUUUGUGAUUGAGACUGAUGCGAGCAACCUUGGGUUAGGAGCAGUCUUGUACCAGCAUCAAAAGGGUAAGAAGACAGUCAUCGCUUAUGCCAGUAGGAGGUUGAGAGGGGCUGAGAGAAAUGAUAAAAACUACAGUAGCAUGAAGCUGGAACUGUUAGCUCUUAAGUGGUCGGUCACUGAAAAGUUCCGAAGUUAUCUGCUGGGGUCCAAAUUCACCAUCAUAACGGACAACAACCCCCUCUGCCACCUCGGGACUGCCAAGUUGGGAGCCAUUGAACAACGCUGGGCUGCUCAACUCGCUGUGUUUGAUUUCGAUGUCAAGUACCGCCCUGGACGAUGCAACACUGCUGCUGACGCCCUUUCCAGGAUACCAGGAUCCGAUGAACCAGACUUUGAAAGUGAAGAUGCAGAGUAUGAUGGCUGUGUGGCAAUCUGUAACUCCCUCAGGACAGGAACAGCUCUGGGACCAGACCUCGUAGCAGUAGGAGUUGAGGGUGGCAAAGUCUGGCAGUUAAAGGCAUCUUUGGCAGGAGAAGAGGAUGUUGGGUGUGAGAAUACCCCCACUUUGCCAGGAUAUUCAAAGUCAGAACUUCGUCAGUUUCAGGAGUCUGAUCCAACUCUCAGUGUGUUCAAGAAGUUCUGGAGCCGUCAAAGGAAACCUACCAAGCAAGAGAAGUUAGGUUUGUCCAGGUCUGUGCGUUCUUUGCUGAAACAAUGGCCAAAGAUCAGAGAGAAGGAUGGUCUCUUAUACCGUGUUAUCGAUGACGUCCACACUGGAGAAUGUCACCAGAUGUUGUUACCCACCUGUCUGAUAGAACAAGUCCUGAAGAACGUUCACGAUCAGAUGGGCCAUCAGGGUAUAGAGAGGACAUUAGCCCUGGUGAGACAGAGAUGUUUCUGGGGAGGAAUGUAUGAGGAGGUGGAAAGGUGGGUGAAGCGAUGUCAGCGCUGCGUGUUAGCAAAGAUGCCGCAACCCAAGAUCAAGGCGCCUUGGGCUUCAUUCUUGGCUUCCCGGCCACUGGAGGUUGUAGCAGUCGACUUUACAAUCCUGGAACCAGCCACGGAUGGGCGAGAAAAUGUUCUAGUGGUGACUGAUGUGUUCACAAAGUUCAGUCAAGCAUUUCCCACACGGGACCAAAAGGCUGAGACCACUGCCAAAAUGCUCCUCAGAGAAUGGUUCCUGAAAUAUGGAGUGCCGCAGCGUCUGCAUUCUGAUCAGGGCAGAAAUUUUGAAAGCGCUGUGAUUGCGGAACUCUGCAAGUUGUACGGAGUUAAGAAAACUCGGACGACACCACAUCACCCCCAGGGCAAUCCUCAAUGUGAGAGGUUCAAUAGAACCCUUCAUGACCUUCUGAAGUCUCUCCCACCCGAAAAGAAGCGCAAGUGGCCAGAACAUUUAUCAGAGCUGGUCUAUGCAUAUAAUGUGACGCCACACUCAUCCACAGGGUACUCACCGUACUAUCUGUUAUUUGGGGUUCAGCCGCAUCUGCCAGUUGAUGCUCUGUUGGGCCAAGAGCCUAUAACGGAUGACAAACUUGAUUGGUUAAAAGUACACCAGGAACGUCUCCGAGAUGCCCAUGUUCGAGCAAAGGAAUAUGCAGAAAGGAAGGCUGUGGAAAGAGCAAUUCAGCAUGAGGAGAAAGUAUAUUGCCCCACGGUAGAGAUUGGACAACAUGUGUACCUGCGACACCGACCACCAGGAAGAAACAAAAUUCAGGAUGCAUGGUCUUCCACCGUUUACAGAGUGGUAGAGGUUCAGGGGACCACAUACACUGUGGAGUCUGUCGAAGGGGAUAUGGUAAAAAGAGUGCACAGAUCCAACCUCAGGCCCUGCAAUAGUCCAGUCCCAGUGCCCAUUCCAAGGCGUCGGAAGUCCCUUGUGCUGGAGGUACCUACCUCACCUGCAGAGUCAGAAAUCCCCUCAUUGGAGACAGAGUGCGUUCUGGUGGAGGAAGUUCUGUGUCCUGGGGAGAAACUGACGUUAGUCUCAACUUCGGAGUCUGCAAAACAGCCCGUUCCUCAGCUCGGAGACUAUCUCAAUGAUCAGGAAGAGGAAUCUGGUAUGAGCGGUGACUGGUCAGGACCAGCGAGUCAUGAGACACAUGAUGAUAACCUGGAAGUGACGCCAGUAUUUCGGGAGCCAGAAACCGAAAGUGUCCGCUUACCUGCUGAGAAUCCAGCGAUGAGACCGGUGCCUACCCCUAGAAAGAAAAGAGAAGAGUGUGUUAAGCCAGAAGUGCCUUAUCCUGCUGUGCGUAAAACACCUAGAACAACUGCAGGAGUGCAUAGUAACCCAAACCGAUUACCCAAGUCUACAUGUAAUGCAGUGUCUUUUAGUCCUGAUGUGCUCUCCCAGGUGCUAGCUGGCAUGGUCCUCUAUACCACAGGGAAGCUUCAAGGGGGACAAGAUGAUUAGGGUUGGUAGUCACCGGGGACGUCGACUAUCAGCAGGGGAGAGUGUAACCAGGUCAAAAAGUUACAAAAGUUAUCACUGGACUGAUUAGUAAAAGCUUGAUGUUAAGGGACUCAGCAUGUAUCACACUGUAGCAUGUUCCAUCCAAUACGCUAGCCCUUUAAGAAAUGUGAAUGUGUGACGUUCUGGAAGUGUCGCGAGAUUCGCCUGUAAACAGCGCGUUUUCAUAACGUGUUUUGAAUGCUGCUCAUGCGGUGGAGCGUCGAAGCCAUAAAACUCCGUAUUAUUAUCAAUAUAAUGAGAGAGAUGCACAUAUAGUGAUUGGAAAGCCUUCUUUAAUAUUUUGUUCAUGCGGAUGGCUGUGUAUUGUGCUGAGUGACCGUGAUUUCUGUCGAGACACGUACCCAUGUGACGAAAUCAGAUCGACAAUAGAUCUCGAAGCGUAAGUGUUGAACUAUCAUCAAUGCCAGUUUAUUAUUGAGAUAAUUUUGUUGUGCAUGAUGUGAUUUGAACAUUAAGUGAUUAGUGGUCAUCCUUGAUCGAUUAUAGAGGGGAGAAGAGAGCUCUGUAGGCCUUCUGUUUCCUCAGGCCGAGUGUGAAGCAACAGAGUGAGUGUUAUUAAUUAAUCCAUUCUAAAAAUUGUUUAAUACUCAUGCAUACGUGUGUUUUUUUGUAACCAGUAGAUUGUUACAGUUGUUCUGGUGUCGUGUUUUCCAAAUGUUAAGAACCAGUGUUGUAUUGUGUCUAUUACUGUCCACAGAGGGGAAAUUGAGUUCAUCAUUGGCUGUGAAAGCGUGUACAAUGCUAUGGUGAUGCUAUGAUGAUGAACAGUAAGUUUGAAUUAGUUGACGUUUAAAGUGUACAAGUGUUAAUUUACUGUGAUUUGAGAUUGAGUGAAUAUUAGCCAGUGUAAUGUAUUAAUGUUACUGGGAAAUGUGGCUUCUAAUUUCAUUUUUAUGCAUGUUAUGUUACAUAAGCAGCCUUAUUUGAUCUUCUAUGCAUGCUGACAAAUCUUGUAACACUCUGUGUAUUUGUUUUUCAGUAUAAGAGUCCACUAUCGUUGUCUAUGUUGGUUAUAUUCAUGUAAUUGACCUGUUAAUGUGGUGACUGAGAACAAAGAGACAAGAGAGUUUGAUGUAAAGAAAAAAUAACAUCUUUAUUGAUUUCAACCACUGUAACAAGCCUUACUGUGUAACACCCUUAAGAUUUGCAUAAUUAACGCUGCACUGUUAAGUGCAGUCUGGAAUAAACGAUCCCCUUAAAAAAAA